ACCAUGGUGACAUGCUUCAGCUUUGUUGAUGGAUGAUAGCGAGCUGCUAGCUGACAGAACUACAUUAAAGUUAACUUUAGGGCCACAGAAAUGGAACUACCGGCCUCAUAUUAUGGGAAACUUGAUAAAAGGAACCCAGUUAUUUUGGCCUUUGACCGAGACAUUAACUCCUUUAUUACAGUGAUGAAACGAGCUUCCUCCUCGACGUUGGAUAACGCCUCUCAUGCUAAAGGGAUUACGAUCCUGGUGGAGGUAUGGAAGAAGUACAAACAUAGACUGCCUCCGGACUUCUACCAGGAGCGCAUGUUGGACAUUGCAGACUUUCUCUUUAGGAUAAAGUCAUAUCAGUCGGCUCUUUGGUAUGGCUACAGUCUCCACCUGCUGCAGUUCAGCUCAGUGAAAAUUACUGACAUCAUAGAUCUGGAUCACUUCAUGGCGUGUUUCUUCCCUGAAGGUUUUGAUACAGAGCAAAAUAUCUUCACCAUGAAAAUCCGUGCGAUGCAGGGCUGUGCCCUGUGUAUUUUUGAACAGGAGAGAAAGCACAGCAUCCUCAGCCAGAAGGGACUCCGCAAGCUGCUCUGUGUGCUAAACUUUAUCAGGAUCAUGAUGCAGGCUUUUCAGCAACAAGAACACCUCUACUGCCAAAUAUAUAAUGGUUCAAUAAACAUCUACAACAUCUGUUGUUACCUGAUGACCAUGGAUUGUAGUGCACAGGCACUGGAGUAUCUCCUGUGGGCCAGUGUUAGUUUGGAGCUCUCCAUCCCUCUGAUGACCUCUGAGAAUCUACCAUGGAUUGUCUCUCUCUACUGUGCAGUCUGCCACUGUUACUAUGACAACCAGGCUAAGUUGCAGGCCGAGGAAUUUGCCAGGAGAGCCCUUGGAAAGAUCAAUGAGCUAGCAAAGAUGGAGGAGCAGGAUGGAGUUCCUGCCACUAGAGAGACCCAGAGAGCUUACAAAGAAGCCUCAGUUAAGCUGGCUGCCAUGAUUUUCAAGUGGGCUGUGUUUGAAGGCAGAGGGAGACCCACGGCCAGAAUCAGAACCAAAAGCAGCCUGAAGGAAAUACCCAAUGCACCAUGGCCUCGUAAUACAACCGAGGAAGUGCUAAUGGGCAUGUUUGACAGCAGUGCAGCACAAUUUUUGGGAAUUCUGGAAGCACUUUGGGAUGGCAGCAGGCGUCCACUGGAGGCAAGGAUGCCAGAUGAGCCAGAGCUCCUUGAUGUGAUCUUGGAACUCCUGUCGGCUGGCAUCGGUAUAUCAUGUGAAAAAUCAACAACUAGUGAGUCUCUUGUGAUGACCCCAACGUCCACUCUAAUGGAAUUAGCCAUUACAGGAGAGAACAAAGUACCCAUCAUGUCUGGGGUGAGGUUCAUCAAGCUGUUGUUCCAGUACAGGCAGUCUGAUGAAUUCACUGAACUCUCCAGAAAGAUGCUGCAGGUUUUGUCUAGUGUUGAAGGUCAGUCUUUCAGGAGGGCAGAGCUGGAGCUUGCUAUACUUCUCAAUUUCAACAGUCUGCUUUCCUCCCAGAAGAGCCAUCCUAGAGGGGACAACAUGAUUGAUGAUGGACAAAAGACUCUUUUCCAAAUGAGUCCUGAAUUUACUGGCCUGGUAGAAACCCUGCACAAGUCUGUUUGUGGUUCUUCUCCAGAUGUGCAGCCAGGCGAGGACCUGGUUUUGGAUGCUGUGUUAUUUCUUUGGGAUCAAAUCAAGAUGGUGCUCCAGAGGGACCAGUCGCAAAACCUACACCUUGAGAGGGUAGAUGAGUUUGACAAGUGGCUAUGGUGUCUAUUUAUGCUGUGUGAGGUGGCCUUUGUGUGUGACCUUGCAACUGUGGACUGCGUAAUGAUGGCAGAGAUGUUGCACACAUUAGCCAUACAGCUUGAGAGCGCAGCUGAAUGCAUUGAUCAACCACAAAAUCCUGCUACCUGUGUAUCACAUAACGAUGGUGGGAAGCUGAGCUCUUUCUCUCUUCUUACGAACUCAAGUACAGAGCUGCUCAAGAAGUUGUGUGAGGUGGUGGAGAGAGGUCUCAAUGCUUUGGCCAAUGGUGCAGUUACACUGCUGCCCCAAAAUGUGUCAGUAGUAACAGACUCUGCCUUCAUGCAGAAAUUCAGCCCCCGCCCUCCAUCAACUCCCUCUUUAUCUUCACAAACAUCAUCAGAAGAGGUAAAUGAAGAAGAUGAAAUUCAAAGGAAGGAAGAAGAACUGGAAAUUGAGGCAGAGUCAGAUAUUAAAGUCUGUCAGCACACUCAGUCGACUCAUGUGUACCUGCUGAUUAAGGACCUUCUUCAUGAGCUGAACAUCAUUCACCACAGGGUUUCCCUCAAAUUACUGCAGCAGAAUGCAGUUGCAGAGUCUGACUUGAUGGAUCGGAUUAAGAAGAACAAGGUGUCCAAAGCUCUUUUCCUGAUUCAGAAAGCCUCCAUGGUUUACACUAAUGUGGAGCCAAAGAACAGCAGAGAAACAAAGAGUCUGCUAGAGGAGGCCUCCACUCUAGUAGAGAGGGCGGGGCUGGAGGAGAAAAAACUCUAUUUCUCCACCAACCUUAGGACUUUGGCUGAAAACCAAGAAAAAUGGUUGAAGAAGGAAGAAGAAAGCUCUCCACCUCCCCCCAUCCUACUCUCACGUACAGACCACUCCUUGACCUUUGCUCCAGCACCUUAUAAAUUGGCGGAACAAGUGUUCUGGUACCAGCUCUGUGGCCGUGCUGCUGAUAGCAUAAACCUGAAAGUCCGCCUUGGAGACUGCAGCCUGUCAGGAACAGGAAAUAUGGUACCAGCAGUAUCUGAUGAAUGUGUGCUGAGGGUGGAAGGGCUAGUGCCCAACCAGAAGUAUGUGUUUGCUGUUGCAGCUUACAACAGCCAGGGCAAGCUACUGGGUAACACCAUAGGGGCAGCAACCUUCCCACUGCUGGCAUCCAUGCCUGUACCACUGCUCUCCACAUGGGCUCACUUGGCCCAGGUGGCAUUUCAAACUGAGCAAUAUGCCAUAGCAAAGAGAGCCUGCAGGGUGCUGUGGAGCCACUUUACCUCUCUUGACAGUGGGUCCCACAGCACACAGGACAGACUCGCAACCACAGGGCUGUGUGUCCGGACUCUGCAACGCUCCUCUCCUCACCUGGUCCGGUUGUUCAUCACAUCCGUAUUCAUUGAGACAGAAAUCAACAUUCAUCAGGGAUCACUCUACUGUGACUCAAUCAGUCACAAUGGACCUUUUAUCUGGGAAAAGGAAGCCCGACUGGCAGAGUGCGAGCGAAUGCUGGUAGCCACAGACCUUGCAAUGUGGUUAAAUGAUGGUGAUGCUGCUGUGCAAGCUGUAGUUGGCUGUUAUGACCUCUUGGCACCUCUGAUUUUCCAUCAGGUCAUCUGUGACCUUGUAGUAGAGGUGCUCAAAAAAUGCUUGAUUGUUUUGGAGGAGAAUUCUGGCAUUCUCAAACAACAAAAUACUGGAAACCCCUCAGAGUCGUUUGUGCACAUGAUAGCUUGCAUUACCUACUACCUGUCGAAGGCUUUCCGUGUGCUCCAAGACCCUCAGAUGGCUUCUGUGAUGAUGGAAUGUGGUCGCAGACUACUCCAAGAAGUCUUUGAUUCCCAUAUGCAGAUCACAAGACUUGUAAAUGAGAAGAUUGAUCACGGCACAGUCAAUGAAAGGAGGAUCAGUCUUGAGCUGAAGGCAGUGCAGUUGAAGAGCAAGAACAGAAUACCACCUGAAGAAGCUAUCACUGCAGACAAUGAUAUUCCAUGCUCACUGACUGGCUGUGAGGAUCCCACCAUAUUGUACGAUCUAAUCUCUAACAGUCCAUUAAAAGAUGCCUAUCAGGAGGUGACAAAGGUCAGACGCAAGACAUAUUUUUCUGAAAUUGCGGCACUGCUUCUCCAGAGAACCAUGGAGGAGGGCGACCCAGACCUUGUGUUGAAGUGGGGGCAGAGUGUACUUGAAUAUCUCUCCAGGCGUGACGAGGCGAUGGGGCCCUCGAGAAAAUGUGUGAUGGAAACAGUCCAUGGAGCAGAAGAGGCAAAAGAACAUGAAUCUCCCCAGCAGAACAAGACUUCUUCCAGUGACACAAAAAAGAAACUAAAGCAUAAAUUACCACGCAGCAUGAUGCGGAAAGUGAGAACAAACAGAGAGAUGCAGAUUGUGGAGAGCUUGCUGGCCGCGAUGUCCUCUGUGGUGAAACGUAACAAGAGGCGGCUUCAGCUGAGGAAAAUGUGCUGUGAAGACAGAGUGUGGAAGGCUCACCUCAACUACAGCAUGGCUCAAGCCCAUUUAGCGCUGCUUUACCAGAGCUUGGACAACAUGCAUCGAGAAGUGCUGCUGCCCAGAUACAGCUCCUUAAAUCCCAUGUCUUUCUCUCUGGCCUACUCUGGUGUUCUUAUACCAAGGAACUCACGGCAACAGCCAUCUCCCAAACAUGAGGUUGUCUCAGAGAAAGACAUCUCUCACUCAGGUCUUAGGGACUAUGUGGCUGCACAUAAAGACAAGAGCAAAGAGAAGGUCAGAGCUGACGACUCUGCCACAGAGGAGAGUUAUGUGGAGGGAGAGGACUCCUCUCAAACUCUGGAAGAGCAGAUUGACAUCAAAAGAUGUGCCACCACCUUGCUGCUGGACUCACUUAGUAAAGCUGCUUUACACCUCCGAAGGUCCAUGGUACUGGCUCAUCGUGGCAGCCACUGGACCUACCUGCAGUAUGUGUGUCAGACAAUGUGGGACCAAAACUGCAGAAUCACUGACUUAUGGCAGAGAGCCACAGAACUUGAACCUAACUUCCCUAUCACAGCAGACCAGCUAAAUACCAUCUUCACCCCACUACUGGUGCUGGCAACUGAUCUCAUUAUAGACAUGAUGAGUAGACUUGGGCUUUGGAGUUCUUAUGACAAUGAUCUGACUGAGGAUGAACUGGAGUCAAGUCUGCACUUCUCUGCACCACUGGAUGACAGCAGCCAGGUGGACCUACGUUUGGUUCGCACCUUGGUGUUGCAUACGCUGGAGCGUCUUCAUGAAAAAGGCAAAUGGGAAAGCCUAGCUCACUUUGCCUUACUUUACAACUCCUACACAAGGGAACGUUAUGCCUUGACUGUAACUCCUCUACUAGUCCAUGCUCAAAGGAGGCUACUUGAAAGGAUAAGUUCAUUUGGAGGACCUGAAGUUCCACAACCACACCAUGUUAAGACAAAGAGGGCCACUGGCAAGGAGGUGACUUAUAGGAGCUAUGCCACCUGCCAGCUGCUCAGUGGGUGGACGCCUCAUUCUACACAGCAACCGGCCCUUCGUAAAAAAGCAGCACAUACACACUCCACUCCUAGAGACUCAGUUGACCUUAAAGGUUCUGAGAUGCAGCACUCCAUGUCGCUUGUUUGCGUUCCUCUGGAUGUAGAAGACACACUGAGCUGUUACCGUGAAGUUGUUGAGAGGACACCACAUUGUCUGCAGGUCUUCCAGCAUAGCCGCUCAUUGGGGCUGCAGCUUCUGGCUUACACACAGCCCAGCUUUUCCACACAGUCAAAGCACUGUCAGAGCAGAAAUCUGUGCCAUACUGCAAGUCUGGUUAAUUUCAGCCCUGUAGUUAUGCCAACUCCAAACAUCCAACCUUGUGACCUGACAGAGGAAGAUUACCAUUCUUCAGAUGAUCUCUACAGGAUCCCUAUCAGCCCUGACCACAUGCCAACUGUCCUUGCUGCAUACUCCAACUCCAUUAAGUAUCUCCAGGCCAAUGGUCAUGAGUCUCUCAGAGUCUUGGCACUACACGAAUUGGGAAACCUACAGUUCUAUAAUGGAAACACACGGGCAGCACACUCCACCUGGAGUAAAGCUGUAGAUUGUGCCUUACAGACCUCAGGGGCCAUAGAAAAAUGGAAUGGAGUGUCCUUUGGGGAUGGCUCCCCACAACAAACCCUGAAGCAGGCUGGCGUUUGGGGAUGUCUUCAGGCUGCCGUUCUUGCUGCAAAGAUUGCACAGUAUAUCUUAACUUCUAAUAUCAGCCGGAGGACUGAAUGCUGUCUCUUGUCUGCUCACCUCUUUAAGUGUGUACUUUUUUGCUCCUUGACCAAGCCCCAAGCUGACCUCCAGUAUGCAGAUUAUUGCAUAGGUGAUGAGCUGCUUCCUGGAGUUGAUCUUUUUUCAGAGCCCAACAGGCUUCACCUCGGCACCACUGUAGCAAGCCUCAACUUUACUUGCUACUGGCUUUUCACCACAGGCUACCACAUCACGCUACUGCCAAUACUAGCUCUCUACCUACAUUUAGUUCGGACUGUAUGCAGAGAUGUGCAGCGCACUGUUGAGGCAAAAAUACUCAAGAUGCGUGCUCUUACUGAACUCUGCCUGUUCACUGACGCUGUGAAGGAAUCAGUUCAGCUUACACAAGGAACAGGGGUUCUUUUGCCAAAUGGACAUGACAUCGCCAAAGACAAUCCCCAACCUGUAAAUACAUUCUACACAAACAAGUCUCUUUUGGACAAUACUGAGGCUUUGGAAGAACUAGUGAACUCUGAGUUUGCUCCGAAGGUCUGUUUGGUGUAUGGAUCCACAUUGUGCCUCCGUAUUAACCUUGCACGUAUUCAACUUGUCCUGGCCCUCAGUAGCACAGUACAUGGUGCUCCUGUGUCAGGUGGUCUGAAAGGACUAGAAGGAUUUUGUGUAUGCAUCCCAGAGUCUGUUGAAGGAGAAGCUGGGGAAAACUUGAGAAGUUGUUCAGAAAAAUCAACGAACCUUGAAGAGAAAAAUCAGGACAUUGAGGGCUUUUCAAAAGAGUUAAAGUUACUAAGUCUUCAUACACAGAAGGAGAAACUUACUUUGGAGAGGAUUAAGUUCAUUUUACUUGAAGGAGCAUCCUCCUUGUUGCACUCCGUUGCACAGGAGCUCACAUCUCAGUCCUGUAGUGAAAUGGAGAACCUGGAACUGGCAAUAGAGAUAAACCUUUUACAGGCCAACCUCUACCUGCAGCAAGGACAUACUGCCCUCAGUUCUAAGAUGGCUAUUUCUUCCUUGAUGCUGCUGCAGAAAUCUCCUGUACACAUGAGUGGAUCCACAUCUGGCUCUCAACAAUCUACACCUGUGCACCCAACUGCCAAGACUGGUGCUAAAGAUUGCAGUGUGCCUAACUCCCUACAGGGAGAUUUUCCCAGAGCCAUUGAGGCUUGUGAGAAAAUUGGAGUUACUCUCUGGCAGCGCUGCCGCCUGGCUUUGGUCCGCAGCUUGGCUGCACACAACCCUGGAACUGGUUGCCUUUUCCCAGGAAAGAACCUAAAUGAAGAGACAGCUCGGAUAUUGCAGGAGGGUAUUGAUGAAUGUUCUCAUUGGGGAGACCUUGAUAUUCAAGUUCUUUUGAUGGUUGAGGGGGCAGAAUUGGAAUUUCGGAGAGGCAGAACUGAAGAAAGCGAGGCAUUGCUACAGGAAGCCAUUAGCCUGCUCUCAGGACGGACCUUCAUGCCUCCAAAGUCAAGUGUUACCCUUGCUCGUGCCACCUUGCUGCUUAGUGUCCUGAGAGGAGCUCAGAGUGUCACACUUCUGGAAUUGACCCUGAAACUCCUCAAGAAGCAGUUUUGUCUUUUUGGGGAGAGUGCAGUGUUGGAAGAUGGAAAAUUUUAUUUUUCUCCUCCUGGUCUGAACAACAUAUACCUCCCUUACGUCACUUUCCUGGACCAGGCCACUAUGCAAAUUGGUAACAAUUUUAAACUUGGUGCCAUGGAAGUGCCUGUCUCUGCACAGUCCUUGCAAUCCAGUUCCAAAGGGCCUUUACACCUUUCCAGCAAGACUGAGAAAGACCAUCAUGCACCUGUUCCUUCCCGGAGCAACCAAAGCACCCUCAGUCCUACAAGCCUUACAUGCGCAGAUAGAUAGUCAGAUAAGAUUUUCAUCAACUAUGUGUUGCUCUCUGCACUUUUUCUUCCAGUUCUGUGUCUACUCUGAGAAAUACAUAUGCUAAACUAUCGAGCAGCUGUGUUUUGUUUAUUGGUUGUUUCAGAGUGAUUACAUUUUGCGGUAAAGUCAAAGUAAGGCCAACCUGCUGUAAUGACAUAUAUAUAUAUUGUUAUGAAAAAGCAUUCAAUAAUGCAGUUAUUAAAAAUCACGUCUAUCUUUAAAGGGAAGGAGUGCUAAUUGCAUUUGAUUAUUGAUUGCCAUAUAAAAAAUUGAAAAGUUGUUAUUGGAAAAAAAUGCUUAUCUUAGACUUUAUUGUUUAGAACUUAGAAUCAUGGCAUGGAUUCUGUACAUGUAGUUUUUUUUAACUACCUGCAAGUUGUAAAGUGGGAGGGUCCUCAGAGAAUAUACAUGACAUAGCAUAUAAUAAUCCCAACUAAAUAACUAUGAUAACAACUUGUUUGAUAUUGUCAAGAAGAAAUCAUGUAAAAACUCUAAAUACACUGUUUUUUUCUCUUGAGAACUCUGCACAUCUGCUUUUGUGCAAGGAUCACUUCAAAGUUCAUGUGUGUGUGCUUUACAAGAGUGCAGAAAUGGCGUCAAUGGCAGAAACUGAAAAUAUGACAAU